UACGAGCCAAUUCUGUGUGAGGCUGGUUGUGUGCUUAUUUGACAGCCUCGUAAUGCUUACUUUCUGCUGUAAAUAGAUUUAAAGCAGUCAAAACAAUGUCGGAAGACGACUUAAAAGUACCGGAAGAGCUUUUCAAGGACGUGAAGUUCUACGUGGUGGGAGACAUUGAUCAGAAGGUUGUACAACUCCUGAAAGCUGGGAAAGGAAAGGAAGUGUCUUACAAUGCCCUCGCCACACAUAUUAUAGCUGAAGAUGGAGACAAUCCAGAGGUUGGGGAGUCCAGAGAGGUCUUUGACUUGCCUGUUGUGAAGCCAAGUUGGGUGAUACUGUCUGUAAAAUGUGGAGACCUGCUACCUGUUACAGGAUUUUCCCCAGAGUCAGGACAAGUAUUCUUUGGUGUUACAGCUUGUCUGCCACACCUGUCAGAGGAUCUCAACCCACUUUGGGCCUUUAUUACAUUUUAUGGAGGAGACUGUCAGCUCCACUUCAACAAGAAGUGCACCCAUCUGGUUGUGCCUGAACCAAAAGGGGCAAAGUAUGAGUGUGCUUUACGGCAUAGCAACAUUAAGAUAGUAACCCCAGAAUGGAUUUUGGACUCCGUAAAAGACAAGAACAGGAAGGAUGAGUCUCCAUAUCAUCCACGACUUACAUUAUACGAGUCACCAGAAGAAGAGGAUAGUGAGUAUGAAAAUGAGAGGAGCUCACGUUCUGACGGCAGCUACAGCGAUAGACGCUCACCUCGCAGCCGAUGCUCCAGCCCUACAUCGUCUCGUGAUGGUUCCCCAGCAGGCAGGCGUUUACCCUCACUGAAACCUGAACGGAAAUCAGAGUUGAUGUUCGAUGACUCUGAUGACUCGUCCCCAGAGAAGGAGGACCGAAACCUGAACUGGACACCAGCUGAGGUGCCACAGCCCGGCCCUGCCAAGCGUCGACUGCAGCCUGGCAAAGAAGCUGGUCUGAUCAAUCUCUGUGCCAAUGUUCCCCCUGUACCUGGAGGCUUUGGACCACCAGAUGCUCGAAUGGGUGGCACAGGUGGAGGUGUCUCUCUAGGGGCGGAAAGAUCCGAAAUAUUGGGUGGAUGGAAUCCAGCUGCCAGGACACUUAGGAACAUUACUAACAACACAGACACACAACAGGUCUCGCGGCCUUCCAAUGUGGCACAUAUCCUCCAGAGUCUUUCAGCCACCUCUAAAGGUGUGGAGCACCUGGGAAAUCAAGGCCAGCCUGGUGUUCCCAACCAGCUUCUUUUUAAUACAGUUAAGACCCAGCAGCAACUCCCACCUGAAGCACAGCAGCAAUUAUUGCAGCAGCAACAGUCACAUCAGCAGUCGCAUCAGUUACCACAACAACAGCACGCACAACAGAUGGGACAACAGCAUCCAAUGAUGCAUCUUCAGCCGCAGGUCAUGCAGAUGCACCACCAUCAGCAGCCGCAGCAGCAACCACAACAGCAGCCACAGCAAGGCUUCCCUCAAAUGCCUCAGCAAUCUCAUCAGUUCCUACAGCAGCAGAUGCAUCAGCAGAUGUAUGCACAACAACAGCAGCAACAUGCAUUUCCACAGCAACAAAUGCGACCACAGCAGCUCCCAAGACCACCCUUGCAGCCACAGCAACAACAUGCAUUGCAGCAGCAGUUGCAACAGUUACAACAGCAGCAUAGGCUCCAAUUGCAGUUACAACAACAGCAGCAACAACAGCAGCAGCAGCAGCAGCAUCAACAACAGCAGCAGCAGCAACAACAGCAGCAGCAGCAGCAGCAACAACAGCAAAACCAGCAGCAGCAACAGCAAAACCAGCAGCAGAUGCACCAACAGCAUUUGCAGCAGCAACAGCAUUUCCUUCAACAGCAGCUUCAACAGCAGCACGUACAACAACUGCAACAGAUGCAGCAGCAGCAGCAACAUCUGCAAAACCAGCAGCCACUGCAGCAUCAGAACCAGCAGGUUCCUCAACAUCAGACCCAGACCACAUUGCAACUUCCACUGAUGCCUGCACAGCCACACCAACUGUUUGGGCAUGAGCCAGGCCAAGAGAUCCCUGAGGAUGGAUUCCUUGUUGGCUGUGUCUUUGCCAUUGCUGACUAUCCAGAGCAGAUGGCUGAUAAACAGUUACUGGCUACAUGGAAAAGAAUCCUUCAGGCAUAUGGAGGGACUGUGGACUCCACUCUCAGUCGCUGCACUCAUUUACUUUGUGAGAGUCAAGUCAGCAACAUGUAUGUCCAGGCUCUAAGAGAGGGCAAGCGUUGUGUGACGGCUCACUGGCUUAACACUGUUCUAAAGAAGAAGAGGAUGGUCCCACCUCACAGGACCCUUCAUCUUCCCUUCAACUUCCCUCCAGGGGCCAAGCCCUGCUCGCAGCAUAUUAUUUCUGUGACGGGAUUCGUAGACAGUGAUCGUGACGAUUUGAAGCUCAUGGCCUAUCUAGCAGGAGCCCGAUACACAGGAUAUCUGUGUCGAAGCAACACUGUGCUCAUCUGUAAAGAACCAAGUGGGCUGAAAUAUGAGAAGGCAAAGGAGUGGAGGAUCCCAUGUGUAAACGCCCAAUGGCUGUGUGACAUCCUUCUAGGGAACUUUGAAGCUCUGCGGCAAAUUCUGCACAGCAGAUACUCUCAAUUUAAUUUGCCUGAUCCACUUGCACCCAACACACAUCUUGUGCACAAUCUUCUGAGUGCCUGGCGCAUUCCCGUGAAGAUCUCACCGGAGGCGUUGGCGAGCUUUCGUCUGCAGCAGAAACAGAAACCGAAUGAUGCUGUCUCGCAACCGCCCAACAAGAAACCCAAGCUUGAAGAGUUGCCAAAACCUACUAAAAAGCUUCCGCUUGAGUCCACUCCUUACGUGCUUUUCACAGGUUUUGAACCCCUGCAGUCUCAGCAGUACAUUAAGAAGUUGUAUGAUCUUGGAGGGGAAGUGGCUGACAGCACUCAAAAGUGCACUCAUCUGGUGGCUAACAAAGUGAUGAGAACGGUGAAGUUCCUCACUGCCAUUUCUGUAGUUAAGCACAUAGUCACCUCAGAGUGGCUGGAGGAAAGUUGGAAAAGCCAGAAAUUUGUUGACGAGCAGAGCUACAUGCUGCGAGAUGCAGAAGCAGAGGUGCUAUUCUGUUUCAGUCUCGAGGAGUCACUGAAGAGAGCUCAUGCAGCACCACUCUUCAAGGGAAAGUAUUUCUAUAUAACUCCAGGAAUCUGUCCGAGCCUCAGCACAAUGAAAAUAAUAGUGGAGAGCGCCGGAGGGAAAGUGCUCUCCAAGCAGCCCUCCUUCCGCAAGAUCAUGGAGCACAAGCAAAACAAGAAUUUACCAGAGAUCAUUCUAAUAUCCUGUGAGAAUGACCAGCAUCUGUGCCGAGAGUACUUCGUGAAAAACAUUGAUGUGCACAAUGCUGAGCUCAUAUUGACGGGUGUGUUGACUCAGACCUUGGACUAUGAAUCAUAUAAAUUUACAUAAUGUCCUUCUAAGGACAUGAGGGAUAUAUGGUUCUGCUGGUGCCCUAUUCCUGAUCAACACUAAAGGUUAAGUGUUAAAUUUUAGUGUACAGUCAAUAUGUUAAAUUUCAAUGUUUGUAUUUUAUUACCUGAUGAAUAAAUCAUUUGUUACCAGUUUUGUAAACCAAGUAACAGUGAUCAUAAAUUAAUUACUGUUAUUUGUAAUGAUUGUUUAAAUUAAGGCAAAGCUAUGUUUUUACUGUGAUAAAUGUCUGCUCCUUUUAUGAUUUUGGAAUAAAAUCUGAAUUUGAUUUGUAAUUUUAAAUAUUGAAAGUGACCUCUUACUGUCAAUCUGAUAUAUAUAUAUAUAUAUAUGUGCUAUCUAAUUCUUAUAUACGCACCUUGCUAAGGUCUAUUCCAACGUUGAGUAGUAAUAGUGAAAAGUGGACGAACCACACAGUUUGGCAGGUCACGAAAUGUAUUUACACAAAGGCUCCUAAUCAUCUCUUUUCACUGAUGCUUUUGGGAGUACACAUAGUGCUCUGUUCUUAUUGAGGCAUUCUUCUCUUAAAAGCAUUAUUCCUGAUAGACAAAAUUCAAUUAAAUGCUAAUGAAGUGUUAGAGUACUUACCGGUGGAAGGCAAUUGUGUGCUGUCAGACAGUUCGCCUGGAGUGAUCCCUUGGCUCCUGAGCUGGGUUGUGGAGAGGAGCUGGCAGUAAUGCCCUCUAUAAUUGGAUAAAUUAAAACUUGCGCAGCCAAGGUCAUGUGCUAGAAAUGCAACUGGGGAGACAAUAGGUGGUACACUCAGUGCGCUGGUUCACCCUUGCUAGUGUGAAAAUGUCAUGAGUCAGGCCUUGUGUUCAGAUGGCGUGCUCUUUGUUUGAAUACUUUCUUAGUGUGUUUUUGUGUGCGGUCUUCAUAAAUCUUUUGUUUUUGAGGAUAGCCUUUUCUUAUUGCAUUAGAAAAAUUAUUUUGGAAACUGUACGGGACACCCUACUCUUCCACAAAACCUCUUGGUAAUCCAUAAAGGUGCUUCUUUACCUUUAAAAAAAACCUUGAAUCCAGUUUUUUGAGCAUUGUCUCCAUUUUUCCCUAGAAAACUACUGUUUAGCAUUUUAUAUGGCUCUAUGGCCACAAAUAUGUCUUUAGAGCAUUGUUAGCUGCUUAAGUUUGGGCUGUGUUUUUAAAAGAGUAGUUCACCCAAAACAUUUUAUUCUGUCAUCAUUUGCUCACCCUCAAACUGACUUCUUCCGUGGGACACAAGAGGAGAUAUUGGGCAGAAUGUUAGGCAUUGACAGCCUCAGUCACCACUUUUAUUGUAUGGAAAAAUAAGCAGUGUCAAAAUUUGGCAAAAUUGCUUUUGUAUUCCAUGGAAGAAAGUCAAAAUUGUUACGGAGCGAUAUACGGGUUGGGAAAUGAUGACAGAGUUUUCCUUAUUGGGUGAACUAACCCUUUAAACUCUAGUAGAAUUGACUGACAGACAUAAACAUGGAUUUUAAGUAUGUGCUUCAAGCUCCCUUUCGUUCUACAGGUAAAAUAAGUAGGGUUACAAACAUUCAUUUCAAACAAAUUGCAGUAGCUUGAAUGGAUAUUUUAGCUUUCUUAAUUUCCCAUCUAAUUGACGCUCUUGUUAAUUGCAGUAAAUUAAGAAUGCAAAUUAGUGACCAGAUCUUUGAUUAACUUACACAAGUUCCUUGUUGGUUUGUUAAUGUCCUCAAAGAUUUAUGAUGUUGAUGCUCUUGUACCCAUAAAACACCAAGAGACACAAUAAUUAAUCUUAAAUGCUAAAGGACUUGCCUUUUAAUUACACUUCUCCUCUCUGUAGCAUUGUAGCGUUUGGACUCCUCACUUCUAAAUGGUAAAUGUAUUAUAAUACACAAAUUACAUGCUAAUUAGAUGCAACUCUUAGGGAUUCAGUCAUUUUAAAAUUUGCAUAUGAGCUAAUUAUCUUUCAUUAAAGCUGGCUAAUUACAAAUUUAAGGAGGACCUUAAAGGAGAAUUGAAUUAAACGUAGAGCUUUCCUUUGUCCAGACAGUUUUCUAUUCUAAUUAGUAGAAUUUUAGAAGUGCUGACAAAAUUGCUGAUGAUUUGUAUUUGAAUUUACAUUUGUAGAAACAAUGAUCAAAUCUGGAUUAUCUCAUCAAAAUAUUUAGACAAAUUCAAACAUGCUCUGAUUUAUUUUACUUUAAACAUUGCAAAUGCCCUUUCCUAGUGGUUAUCAUGUGAAUGGUAACAAUAAAACAUUGGUCAAAGGCAGAUGAAAUCCUCAGAACAGCUGACCAACUAUUAUCAACUACAUGUGUCUGAACAGGUACGCCAAAUUAAUUCUUUAAAACUGAAUUGAACUUGGCAUUAAAAGUAAUGCAUAUCUAAGCGCAGAGGAGAAGUCCAAAUUAAUAGAAAUGCCAAUCAUUUGUCUCACAGGAGUUUUGCUGUCCACAUAAUAGAUAUGACUCUUACAUCAAUCAGCUAUUAAUUGCUUUCAUGUCUCAUAUGAUGAAAAGACCGCUAAGGGGCAUAGACAUAGUUCUUAAAUGGCUUUUGAAACCCAUUUUUAAAGACUUUUGUUUAAGACAUCGUCUUCAGUUUAUCUCUGAUAUCUCAAUAUAUCCUUUCUGAAAUUCUUACUUAAAUGUCUCAAAUGGUAAUGGGCUACUUUGGUAAGACAGGACGAUUUCCAGCAUAGGCCUACUUGUUUACAGUGAGGUGUAUGAAUGUGAUUUGAUCCAAACGCAUACUGACUGGCUGUUAACACUACAAUACGGUUGUAUUUUCUUUACAUUAAGUACUAGGUACUUAACAGAAACUAACAAUGAACAAUUUAACAGCACUUAUUAAUAUUGGUUAAUGUCAAUUAAAAGUUUUACGUUAACAUUUUUAAAUGCAUUAUGAAGUAAGAUUAACUAAAAACGAACAAUAGAAUUUUCAUAAUGCUUUGAAACAUAUUGUGCUUUGUUAGUUCAUGAUACCUAAUGCAUUGACUUAUGUUAACAAAAAGAACCGGUAACGUUUUACAUUAAGGUUCCAUUAAGUUCCAUUCGUUAACAUUAGUUAAUGCAUUAGGUAUCAUGAACAAACAAUUAACAAAAUAUUUGAUGCAUCAUUUAUUAAUCUUUGUUCAAUUUAGUUAAUAAAAAAAUGGUACAAGGAAAUUUAGCUUUUUUCAUGGUCACAGAUUGUAUCAAUGUAAAUAAAAAAAAAAAAAAUUGUAUUGAAUAUUGAUGGAGCAACAUAAUUUGUGUGAAAAGAAAUAAUAACAGAUGGUUGUUUUGAUUAAAAUUAAGUAAAAAAAAAUACAAAUAAUAAGGUGGUGAAGGAGCCUUUUACCCCACACCUGGGGUAAAAGGCCUCUAGGGGGUUUAAAGUGAUAUCUUGUAGAUAUAGGGGCAAUAGUUAAUAGUGCAAAAUUUGUCAACUAUAAUGCAAAUAAUUUUGAGACACCAAGAUGCUUUUUUGAGUAACAAAUUAAGAUGAUGCUUACUCAAAAUAGCUACUUCAGAAAAAAGUCAACCAUUAAUUUUUUUUUUUUUUUUUUGCCAUGAUCCUUUAUUUGGCAUUUCAUUACAUGUCAAUUAUUCUAUAAACAAACUAAUCUCUAUUAUGGUUGGAUGAGCCAAAGUGAGGCCACUUUGAACAUUUUUCAUAACAAAUCUGUUCCCUCCACUUUAAAUAGGGGCCUUUAGCCCCUGCAACAGGGGGGCUUUUUACCCCAAAUACUAUCCUUUCACUUAUUGUAAUUUUUUUUAUUUUUAUAUAAUCACCUUGAACAUAAUUGAAAAUGACAAUUAAGUAUUUUGUUUCAAAAUAAAUGUUAAUUUCAGGGAUUUUCAUUAGCUACAUAAAUUUGCAACAUUUAAAAAAAUAUUAAAAUUAGAUCAAAUUGCCUCAAAAUCAACUUUUAGACCACACGCAACGAUCUCAUGGAUCAGGAACAUUUUGCAGUGCAUAGUGACAAGCAGGUGUUUAGGAAAGAGCUGUGGUAGUUUUUGUUGCUAUUUAGAGUUUUGGGAGAAAAUAAAAUCAGUGGAGCCCUUUAGCCCCAUUGUGCCCUACAAUUGUUCAUUGUUAGUUCAUAGUGCAUUAACUAAUGCUAACUAAUACAACCUUUGAUUUUAAAUAUGUAUUAGUAUAUGUUGAAAGUAACAUUAACUAAGAUUAAUAAAUGCUUAAGUAUUGUUCAUUGUUAGUUCAUGUUAACUAAUGUUGUUAACUAUGUUAAAGAGCACCUAUUAUGGUUUUUAAACGUGCCUAAUUUUGUUUUAAAGGUCUCAUACAAUAGAUUUACAUGCAUCCAAGGUCAAAAAAUACUUUCAUUUGCUCAUAAUUUAAAUUGCAGCAUUAUUUUUUUUUUCCCAGUGUCAAAAAUGACUUGUUCAAUGAUCCGUUCUAAAGGAUUCAUUCUAAACUCCUCCUUUCAGAGAGCCUACUCUGCUCUGAUUGGUCAGAUGUCCCAGUCUGUUGUGACUGGUCUACCGCUUAGUGUAGUGUUUGAGGGCGGGUCAAAGCUGUUCGCGAGCAGCCAAUGAAGACCAGAGGCAGGUUUUUUGUUACCAAAUUAUGUAAGUUAGUACAGGAAGUCUGGAAUUACUAAUGACUCGUUUCAGGUGUUAAGAAUCGGUUCUUUCUUUUGGGAGUCAAUAACUAACAAUUUUAUUUAUUUUUUUUUUUAACUUUGCAGACUUUUUUUAUAGUCACAAACAGCUAUAUAACACACUACAUGAAAGGUAAUAUUUGGAAAACCGUAAUAGGUAAAUUACCUUAUUGUAAAGUGUUACCAUACAAUCUUAUUAUAAAAUGUUACAGAGUGUUUUUAUUACUAUGUGUACUUUGGCUACAAAUAGUGUGCUAAAACAUUUUUUUUCAGUUGCUUACAAAUUACUUAGUCGAUAAUGUUUUACAACAAACACAAAAGUCCAUGCACUAAAGUAUCUAAAACCAUGAGGUGCAAUUACUGCACAAAUACAAGAAUGCACCUCUACAAAUGUGCAUGAUUACAACAAAUAUGACGGUACAAUGAAAUAAACUUCAAAUUAUUAUUAUAAUUUUUUUUUUAAUCCCCUUUUCUCCCCA